AUGAAUACACUUGCACAAAGACGCGCCAUUUCACGGCGAUCACUUGCCCAAGUGUUCCGGUUCUACGUCCCCGAAAGCGUUGGUGCACCGAGAAAAGUAAAACUCUAAAUUUCCCAGUUUACAGCUUCGAGGAUGGAUAAAACUGGAAAACAUUCCUGCCGGAGACGAAGAAAUCGAGGGAAAGGGAGUCGAUCUUCUGCAGUACAUCCUCGACAACUCGAUGUGUCAAUUGAGUGAGUUUUAGCUUUCUGAGAUCGAAUAUGAUCGAAAUAUGAUUGUAGGAAUGUACGGAACAGCGGAAGAAUUGGUUGAAAAUCUCGAAAUCUUCCGAAACUUCACGGGCUGUCACAAACUGAUUCCACUUGAUCCAUGGGAGCCCACUGAUGUUGGUUUUGUGUUGUUUACAUGGCAUAAUGGAGCAAAUGUGACUCUACCCUUUUGCAGUUUGCACCAAACCUUGAACUAAGCAUCACAACUGACGAAUAUUGCAACAAAUCGCUGUUUUAUCAUCUCCUCGAAUCGUGGAUUUUCAGAACACAUCCAAAAGAAACGGUAAUUUCCAAAAACCCAUUGAAACGCUAAAAUUUUUAAUCAAUAUUCAGGGCGUUCCAUUCGUUGGUGCCAUGGUCGCGCGUUUCUUCAAAGUCGUCGAAAACAGAUCGAAUUGUGCGACAGAGUACUUUCCGUACGCCCAUGAUCUAUCGACUCAAAUGAUGAACGAGAUGUUGUGCACGGUGAAAACUGAACACGCGGUGAGACUGAAAUGAUUGAACAAAUGUGAACGCCUUAAAGGUUUUUUUUAGCAUGAGCUGAUGCAGACAAAAGAGCCGUUCUCGCACGACACUGGCGAACAAAUGUACGAAGCGUGGACGGGGCUCUUUACGAAGAAUAAAGAAGAGUUAGGUGUAGAAUUCAACACCGGGAAAGAGCUUUGUCGCCUCUUUUUCUCUGAAAACCAUCCGCUCGAAAAGAACAUACUCUACCGAACGCUCUAUUGUUUCUUCGUUGCUCUCGUUCGCUCCAUGGACAGACUUCAGGAAAAGUACCCGGAUUACAUCCGACCGCACAGUCAAGUAGUGAGUUUGCAUCAAAGUAUCAUCAAUUAUGGUGCACGAGAUGAGUGUUCAGAAAGGAAACAAACUGCCGAUAACACUCAGAGUGUUCGUGGACGGUUGUAGAGAGUUUGCGAUUUGUGAAGAGGUCGAAACGGCAUUCAACGAACUCUACGGAAAUAACUGUUCGAUCGAAGAGGUUUCGCUCAAACUCGAAACAGUGGAUUUGGUUGAUGUGCUCAAAAGGGAAAGAAGCGACGAGAUCCAGUACAUCCGAGUGGAAAUCAAGCGCACAGCUCAUACAGCAGUUCCCAUCGAAACGAAAACGGGAAAGUUUUUUAUUCCUUCGGCAGAUGCUUUCUUCGAUGUUUUUCGAGAAAUCUGUUUCGGGUUGAGACUGUUCCAGAAGGUCGAAAAGAAGCAAUGGCAGUCUCUGAUAGACCACUUUUCGAAAUGGGGUUCUUUUAUUUCAACGACGAUAGGGUGAACUCAUUUAAUUAAUGUGAAUGGAAAUUAUGAGCCUCACACCUUCAGCCAAUGUAUUUCAUGGAAACCGCAAUGAUCGAAGUAAUGUCGAAUGAAUUGCACGGGACUUUCUCUGCUUCCAAGAAAACAAAGGCAAAUUUCGUACGGAACGCAAAGUCGACCGGAUUCACAGUGGAAAUGCUCGAGAACGAACUCGUGCAUCUGGGAUUGGUCGAGAAAUUCCCUGAAAUUUGUGAUUGUGCCCGACUCGCACACGAAAAAAUUUCGGAAGACAAAAAGGGGGAGAUUUUGAGGACAGUGGACCUGUUUGACGCAGUCGAGCACUGUCUACUUCUGUGCAUCAUCAAACAGUUUCCAUAUGUAAGAGUUCAUGUCAUUUACCGUCAGUUUCUGAAUUCUGGUUCAGCUCAUGAAGUUCCUCCAUAACCAGCACGCAUGCGAUCGAGUGUUCGGCAUCCAGUGCCCGCAUUGCUUUUCAAUUCCGUCCGUCGAGUUCAAGAACACCAAGUGGAAUGUUGUGAAACCAGAACAAGUCGAACUAACGGAGUGCAUUUUUAAUCGUACGGGAUAUUUACCUUUGGUGCGUUCAAAAUCACAGAAUCCUUGUGAAAACUUUUUUUUCAGUGCCAACAAUUGUUUCGCGGCCCCGACGGCUUUGAACUGCACUACAAUCAUUCGGUUUUCAUCACAGCCGUGAGCAUCUGUUGCCAAGAAGCGUCGAAUGGAGACAAAGCGGCUCUGGAGAGGAUGGAGUUGAACUUUUGGAAUCAAUGGGAAACGUACAAGUACCCAUUCGAAGUGUUUCUCGUUGACACAACGGAAAUCGGUUUCAUUUUAAAAUACAUCAAAAAUUGCGUUCGUAAUCGAGAACUGAGGAGGUGCCCAGAAGUUAUGGCUGAUUUGGACUUUCUCACGAGCCUCACCAAGUUUACGGUAUGUCGAUUGAACGGCAGAGCCGUCAGUUGAUUCCCUUCCGUUUCAGAAUUGGUAUCACUCGGCGCGUCUCUACCUGCGCACAGUCUCCAUGACCUGGCAGACCGAGAACCAGUGCGUGUUCGCGAAAGAAGUCCUGGAGAUGUUACCGAUUCUGCUCAGGAGACAGAAGAACUCGAUGCGUCAACUGGAUUGUAAGUCAUGGCCCCGUCUGCAUUCAAAUUUCAACGUGGUUAUGUUCAGACAUAAUAAACAAGUAUCGCAAGACAUGGACAGUUGACAUUGGCUAUCUGACUAUCAGCUUAGAUGAACUAAACGAUUUCCUUGAAUAUUUUGACAUUGAUAAAACACAAUUAACUGUGAGUUUAUGUCCUUUCAUUCUAAUCCUCCAAUGGUUUUCUGUCUUUUUCUUCAGCUCGUCCCCGACAUCUUAUUUAUGACAACUAAAAACUGUGCAAAAACACCGAUGGUUCCAAGCAACGUAUUCGGAAGUGAUAUGAGAAGGAUGACAACUGCCCACGACAUGCUUUCUUUCUAUUUUCAAAGCGUUCUAAAUGAUUCCUGCUUUAUCAUCUGCUUAAAUCGCGAACAAUUGUAUUUUCCAAAAGACGAAGAAACAUUGCAGAAGAUAAUGAUGCUUAGAAACGUAAGUCCGCAAAUUUAACCGAGUUUCUCUGUUUCAAAACGAAAGCAUUUUAAUUCAGAGAACAUUUGUUCCGUUCGAUUUGUUGACCAACACAUUGAGUGCCGGAAAUGCAGUGAAAAACAAGAACGAUGGCUCAGUGUUCCGGUGGUCGGAGGGCAAAUCGUUGAUCGAAUUCUUCGAUGCCGUCGAGUUUACCGAUGCGUUCCGUGCACGAACGUCUUCCAAUUUGGGCAGACAGCAUCUUACUGAGGCCAAAGUUUCGGCUGAACUACUCAAACUCAUCUAUUUGCUCUCGAGAAUCAUGAAGAAUGUGAGGGAUUCCAUAGGCGAUGCGAGUUUCCUUUUGGAUGAGCUCUCUCGCGACCGCCCCAUCAAAAUAAACGGAAAUGAUAUAAUUGUGAGAUUCAUGCAUUUAAUUUCAGAGAAAAACUUGCCAAAUUUCAGCUUCUGGACUUGAUAUAUGAUAAAAAAGGAGAACCGGAAUUCAGUUUGAAGGAUGAUAUAAGAUUGGGUGAGUUUGAACCUCGAAAAGUUAGAGUUAAAAUAGUGAAUCACUUCAGAAAAUAGGAGCUGCACAGAAUGGCAGAUUAUCCAAGAAUUCGACAGAUUGAAGAGAGAAGACCCGAAAAGCCGAAAUGAGCGGAGCACUUUCAUAGCCUACGAGGAAGACUGCUUACCGGAUGAUAUCAUGAAACUAAUAAUACCUGUUUUUGGGAUUGCGGGAAAAGAACAAUGUCAAAACGCGGUGGGAGAAGUUGUGCGAGGCAGACAUGUUACUGUGAACUCCGGGACGGACAAGUAAGAAUUCUCGUUUUUUAGAUGCAAAUACUCUCUUUUUACAGUGCCGAAACCGCGACGAAGAAAACAUCGGUACUUCAGCAGAAAAUGAAAUCAGGCGAUUUGAAAACUGCUCUCUCGCCUAUUGAACUGAGACAAUUGUGCGACGAGAUGAGCGGCAUGUCUCGCGACGAAAAACUGGAGGUUUUUGACAAAAUAUCUGGAAUGAUCGAUUUGGAUGCGCCCGUUGCAAAUCUUAUACGAGAAGAAGACGAGGAAAUAUCGGCGUCGUAUAACAGAAGGAAGGCCGAAGAAGAAAGAAGGAAGGGGAGCAAGAAUCGGAAUGCGAAGACUCGUGUCAACAUGGAAACUGAUGAUCCAGACGAGUGUCUCGCGAGUUUAAACGGAAAGCAUGACAUUCAAGAGCCAUGUUCCGCGCUUUCCAAGAGGUUAGAUGGUUCCACGAGACCCGAUGAGCCGGGGACCAGCAGCCAGCCGAGCACGCAGAAAGCAACGAAGAAGAACAAGAAGAGUAAGACGGUUGCUCCGCCUGCUCCACCACCUCCGCGCGUCGUUAACUUUUGUGAAAAGUGCACGCGCACCAACGAACUGUGCGGCGAAAUGAAGGAGAAAACGAAGAAGUUGAAUGCGGAAGUUGAGGAAUUGAAUGAAAAUGUUCGAAGUGCUCAAGGGAAGCUGACGGAAGCGAAGGAGAAGGAGCAGGAGAGUGAGAGAACGGAAGAGGAGAUGGAGAAGAAGUUGAGGGAACUGAAGGAGUGAGUUCGAAGAGGUUGAGGGUUGAUAUACAUAAUCUAACUAUUCACUUCAGGAAGUUUGCUGCUCAGACGGAACGAAUCAGAGAAGCGGAAGAGCUGGAGAGCACGUUGGAAAAGUUGGAAAGGGAAGAGAAAGAACUGAAAAUAGAGAAUGAGAAGUGAGAGAAGAUGAACAUGAAAUCCAAUAAAAGUACAUUUUCAGACUGGAGACUCAGUUAUCCUCACUGAACACACACAGCCAGACUGAAGAUAUGAGCCGACUGACGAGAGCGCUUGAAGAGAAGCAGAAUCAAAAUGAAGAGUGAGCAAUUUGACUAGUUUCAGUACAAAAGGAAUGAUUUUAGACUCGAGAAACAGGUCGUCCAACUGUCCAUUUUGAGUUCGCAACGAGAGCGGACCCAGUACACAUUGUUGGAAAAGCUGGCAGGAAGAUAA